UUCCUCCCUCGCGGUAUAGAGUCCGGAGAAUGCAAGGUCAACGGGAGCGCCCGCGCGCCUUCACCGCCUGCCUCCUCCUCCUCCUCCUCCUGCUCUCUGCCUCCGCCUCCGCCCGCGCUGGUGCCACCACUCAUUCCCGUGCCGAGGUCAAUUGCAGUAAUAGAUGUGUCGCGGAGAACUGCAAUUCCAUUGGGAUCCGAUAUGGGAAGUUCUGCGGUGUGGGUUGGACGGGUUGUCCUGGAGAGAAGCCCUGUGAUGAGCUCGACGCUUGUUGCAAAGUCCAUGAUGAAUGCGUUGAGAAAAAAGGUAUGAUGAGCGUUCAAUGCCAUGAGAAGUUCAAGACCUGCAUCAAGAAGGUGAAGAAGUCCGGAAAGGUUGGGUUCUCUAAAGAAUGCCCCUAUGAAACAGCAAUGCCGACUAUGAUGCAGGGAAUGGAUAUGGCCAUUUUGUUCAGCCAACUGGGCAUUCAGAAGGCAGAAUUGUGAUUUCAACCAAAGAUUCUUCCUUAAAAAUCCAUCACUAAAGAUACAUGGGUCUCAACAUUUCAAACCAUUCUUUGUUUGAUUCAAUCCAUCGGCACAGACACAGUAAUCCAAACACGGUUUGCCUUUUUUCCUCUUGUUUUAUUCUACAGAGAUUGUUAAAGGAACUUUACAUGUUAUAUAUUAACCAACGAUGUGCAUUUGCAACACACAUUUGUUGUAAAAGAAGCUGUAGACUGACAUAGUCAAUCAGUACGGUUUAUGUUCCAAGUUCA